AUGGGCUGCGGUGCGGCAAAAGUGCCGGCAGAAACCACACCAGCCGCCGCAAAACCCAAUGUCGGUGCGGCAGCUGCGCUUGCGGAGGCAUGGCGGGACAAGGACCAGAGCAUCGGCGAAGUCGAUGGUGUCUAUGGUCGGAUCGUGUACCUGCGCGUGGGCGCAGACCUCGCCACCGCGAGGCUCGUCGACCCUUUGCGGCGAGUGAUGUUCGUCGCGGACGGCGCGUCCUGGGCCGGAAGGAACUUCCGGCUGGGAGCCCGGGAGAUCCUGCUUCGAAAUGGCGUCCAUGCCGAGUGGAUCGACGGUGAGAUUGCCAAGGGCACGCGCUUCAAGCUCGUCUUCUUCGAGGAGGACGGAAGAAUCUGGAGAGCCGACUGGGAUGGCGUGGAGCGCGCCGUCGAGGCGUAUCACCCCCGGGCUGCCGAGAAGAUGCGCAAGCAUUGGCCGACCAUCCGAAGCAAGUCAUGGGCUGAGAUGGAGGCUCACUUCAGCGUGGCCUUCGACGCACUCGAGGAGUCCCACGGGCCGAUGACCGAGGAGCGGUUCCUGGCAGCCGAGGACACGGCGGUAGCAGCCCGCCGCUUCCUCGCAACAACGCUGUCCCUGAAUCGGCAUUUCCAGGGCACAGGCUACACUUUCGAUGAGCGUGGGACAGGCACCACAGCUGAGUUCUUCGCGGCGAACCGUCCACUCAGCGAGAUUCCUGCUUCGCAGGUCGUCGAUUUGGACCCAUGA